GCUAGCUGCAGGGGCGCCCGGCCCGUCCGUAGCAGCCGCCGCUGCUGCAAGGCAGCACCGCGCGAGGAUCCUGCAUGUCCUCGGCAGCCGUGACGCCCACGGCGGGCGGCGCGAUGGACGGCGGCGAGGGCGCGGCGGCGCGCACGCCGUCGCUGCGGCACCGCGCGAUGAGCGCGUCGUCGAAGCUGCUGCGGAGCUCGAUGAGCCGCAAGUCGAUGGGCCGGCGCAGCAGCAAGGUGAUGUCGGUGUCCAUCGAGGACGUGCGCGACGCGGAGGAGAUGAAGCAGGUGGACGCGUUCCGGCAGACGCUGGUGCUGGAGGAGCUCCUCCCCGCCCGCCACGACGACUACCACAUGAUGCUCCGCUUCCUCCGCGCCCGCAAGUUCGACAUCGACAAGUCCAAGCAGAUGUGGUCCGACAUGCUCCAAUGGCGCAAGGAGUUCGGCUCCGACACCAUCAUGGACGACUUCGUGUUCGAGGAGCUGGACCAGGUGCUGGAGCACUACCCGCAGGGGCACCACGGCGUGGACAAGGACGGCCGGCCGGUGUACAUGGAGAAGCUGGGGCAGAUCGACACGACCAAGCUCCUGCAGGUCACCAGCAUGGACCGCUACGUCCAGUACCACGUCAGGGAGUUCGAGCGCGCCUUCGCCGUCAAGUUCCCCGCCUGCUCCAUCGCCGCCAAGAAGCACAUCGACCAGAGCACCACCAUCCUCGACGUCUCCGGAGUGGGGUACAAGAACUUCAACAAGGCAGCGAGGGACCUCAUCGGCCGCCUCCAGAAGAUCGACGGAGACAACUACCCAGAGACGCUGUGCCGGAUGUUCAUCAUCAAUGCCGGGCAGGGGUUCAGGCUGCUCUGGAACACUGUCAAGUCCUUCCUUGACCCCAAGACCACAGCCAAGAUCCAUGUCCUCGGCAACAAGUACCAGAGCAAGCUGCUGGAAGUGAUUGAUGCCAGCGAAUUGCCCGAGUUUUUCGGCGGCACUUGCAACUGCGAAGGAGGCUGCAUGCGCUCUGACAAAGGGCCGUGGAAGGACCCUGAAAUCCUCAAGAUGGUUCAAUGCGGCAUGGGGCGGUGCGGGAUGAACAGCGCGGACCCUCGCGAGGCCGACGAGAAGAUGAUCACCGAGGACGAAAUAGUGCCCGUUCCCAAGAAGCAGGAAUCCAUGCGCCGCGCCGCCGACUCCCCCAAGAUCGCGCGCGACAAGAUCGAGCACCCGCAGAUGUCCCCCCUCCACGAGAUGAAAACUGCGGAGCACCCGCAUUUGCAGGCUCCUCAAGACAACAACCUCUUCCAUGGCGUCGACUGGAGCGGCGAGGUCAGCGAGGAGAAGCUUCAGAUCGCGCGAGACAUGUACGCGCAGCUGCCGGACGCGUACAAGCAGGGCGACCCGGGCGACCGGCAGGUGGUGUCGGGGUUCAUGGCGCUGGUGAUGGGGGUGGUGGCCAUGUUCCGGGUGGGCAAGAUCGCGCCGAAGCGGGCCAUGGACGCGGCGAUGGGCAUCGCGACCAUGGAGGCGAUGGCCAAGAAGACGCGGCAGAUGCAGCAGCAGCUGGCGGGGCCGGACGCGGUGGUGGUGUCGGCGGCGCAGUACCAGGCGCUGGUCAAGCGGCUGGACGACCUGGAGGGGAAGGUGGCCGCGCUGGCGGCGCGCCCGCCGGAGAUGCCCCCCGACCAGGAGGAGAUGCUCAAGGCCGCCGUCUCCCGCGUCGAGGCCCUCGAGACCGAGCUCGAGAACACCAAGAAGCUUCUGGAGACGUCGGUUGGCCAGCAGGAGGAGGUCCUGGCUUACAUCGAGAAGAAGAAGAAGAAGCGAGGAAUGCAAAACCCGUUCCGCUGGUGAAGGGGGAUGAUCAUCCAUCAGCAGUGACCCUGGGGAGUGGUGGAUCGCCGCGAGCAACACCCGUGCCUCCUUGUGCUUUGUGCCUCUGUGACUUUGUUACCUGUGUCUGUCUGUGUUCCCUCCUACUAAUACGAAAAUAGAAUGAAUAUAUUCAGUGAAAAAGUACAAGGG